AUGACGGACGUUUCUUCUUUACUCGAUCCUAGUGAUGAUGUGGAGCAUCAGCUUUCCCUCCCAUCUCUUUAUAUUGGAGAUCUUAUCGCCUAUGAAUUCCUAGACCUCAUGACACGAGCAUGGCGAUGCGAACUGGCCGUUGUAGUGGGAAGCACAACAAGUCGCACAGUGCAGGUGGAGCGACUCACACAAGACGUUCAAGACAGCGAUGGUGUUAUUGUGGCUAGUACAGAAGAGGGUCAACAGAUUCUUGAUGAGUUGCAGCAGAUGCAGAAAGAACAUGCGAAACGUGUAGAGGAUUCGGAGAAACGUCAGGAAGAGAUUCAAGAGAAACGGGCUGCUUUUAUAACGAAACAACAAGAAGUAGAGAAGGCGAUGGAACGUGCACAUCAGGAACUUGGUGAUGUUCGCAAGGAUGUAAAGAAGAUUGAUAUGCGUCAAUGGCGUGAGUUGGUAUCAUACCGUACACCCCCAGAUAUUGUAGUACGUGUGAUGGCUGCAGUGAUGUUGAUUAUAGGUGAAAGACGCCAUACAUGGGCAGAGAUGCAACCGUUACUGCAUAGACCAAGCUUAUUACAUCAACUGGUAAGUUUUGAGCCAAAGAAUGUCACCACGACUAAUCGUGAUGAAGUGAUUCGACGGUACACAAGUUCACCAAAGUUUACAUAUCAGGAAGCGGUUAAAGGUAGUCAAGCCAUUGGAGAUCUAUAUAGGUGGGUCCUAGCACAUGUACAAGUAGUGGAUGCGAGUACGAAAUAUAAGGAAAUGCAACGUCUUCAGACAGACGAAUCCUCUGAAAUUGAAAAGAUGGAAGCCCAGUUAGAGAAGGAAAAAGCUUCCAUAACUGCAUUGGCUGAUGAUAUUGACAUUAUGUGGGAACGCUUCAAUGAGGUGGAGCGUAAUAAUGAGGCUAGUCCUGUUCACUCUAUUAAUAGUAGCAUGGUUCUGGAUGAUAAUGGGGUUCCUGUUAGCGGCCGUACUAUUAAUGAGGCACGACAAAGUGUCUCUGGAAGUUCGGGGGAUGCAACGGCUUACACAGUAGUUAUGCGAUGGCUCACCACUCGACCAUGGCGCUAUAGUCGUUACCGCGAACAACGCAUUAUAUUACACUCAAGUGUUUUAUGCAACUUUGGUCCUGCACCACCAAGAACAAGUAACAUAGUAUUAACAGAGGAACAAUGCCAACUACUACACGCAGCGGCACGGGCACGACAACAAAAAGAUAGUCCUGUUGCAACAGAACGGAAAAAUGCCGCAACACAAGGAGAACCUGUAUAUGACGAAAACAGAACUGUACAGAGCCCAAAAGGGUUACGUAGAGGAUUUCAGACAAGAGCGGAAGGUCAAGGAAACCAGGAAAAUGUUUCUUCAUAUGAUGCAAAAUCCCCAAAACAAGGCGAACUGCAUCAGUUGCAAAGGUAUGAAGAGGCCAAGGCUACGGUUGAGCGUCAGCUGAAAGAAAGUGAGGAAGCCAAGGCUGCAGUUGAGCGUCAGCUGAGAGAAAGUGAAGAGGCCAGAGCAGAUCUAGAGCGCAAACUACAACAGACUGCAGAGGCUGGGUCAAGCACAGACCGCCAGCUGAGAGAAAUUGACGAGGCCAAGGCUACGGUUGAGCGUCAG